GCGCUAUGGAGCCGCGUGUCGCAGAGCUGAAGCAGAAGAUUGAGGGCACCUUGUGUCCUUUUGGCUUCGAGGUUUACCCCUUCCAGGUGGCGUGGUACAAUGAACUCCUGCCUCCAGCCUUCCACUUGCCCUUCCCAGGACCUACCCUGGCCUUCGUGGUACUCAGCACGCCUGCUAUGUUUGACAGAGCCCUCAAACCCUUCUUGAAGAGCUGCCACCUCCAAACACUGAGAGACCCUGUGGAUCAAUGUGUGUCCUACCACCUGAAGAGUGUUACAGAAAAGUUUCCAGAAUUGCAUAUAGAAGUCAUUGCUGACUAUGAGGUACACCCCAACCGGCGUCCUAAGAUUCUAGCCCAAACAGCAGCCCACGUGGCAGGUGCUGCUUACUACUACCAACGACAAGAUGUGGAUGCUGACCCAUGGGGGACCCAGCACAUAGCAGGUGUGUGCAUACACCCCCGAUUUGGGGGCUGGUUUGCUAUCCGAGGGGUAAUGUUGUUGCCAGGGAUUGAAGUGCCAAAUUUGCUACCCAGAAAGCCCCCUGACUGUGUGCCUACAAGAGCUGCCCGCAUCACUCUGCUUGAAGGCUUCAACUUCCACUGGCGGGACUGGACUUACCGGGAUGCAGUGACUCCUGAAGAACGUUACUCGGAAGAACAGAAGAUCUACUUUUCCACCCCACCUGCCCAACGCUUGGCCCUGUUAGGCUUAGCCCAACCCUCAGGACACCCUAGCACUACAUCCGAGCAUCCUCUUUCCUUGCUUACCAAGCCUCAGGAUUCCAGGAGACUUCGAAGCUGGCUUAGUCCAAGUGUCUCACCACCUGCCUCCCCAGGUCCUUGAUAACUUUCCCCUGUGGGUCCCACUCAUGGUAGGAUUUGGGUUUUGAAAAAGCACUUUUUUUGAGAAAAGGUUUCUCUAUGUAGCCCUGGCUGUCCCAGAACUUUAUAGACAGGCUGGCCUCAAGCUAACAGAGAUCCAUCUGCUUGUGUCUCCUCCAGGGUACUGAGACUUUUGCACCUUGAAAAGCCUUAUUUUAUUUUGGGUUAUGAUUUCCUGAUAAUAUAGCACUUCAAAGAGAGUCAAGACUCAAUUACAAAAUACAUAAACCAUAUGCCACGGCAGACUCAAAAGCAGCAAUUAACUUCAAAUAUUAGACUCAUACCCCUUACUAUUCAUGUACAGUACUCUUAAGGUACUAUUUAAGAACCAGUGUUCUCACUGUUCCUAAUGCUGCUACCCUUUAAUACAGUCCCUCAUGUUGUGACCCCAACCAUAAAAUUACUUUUAUUGCUACUUCAUAACUUAUUUUUUAGUUAUGAAUUGUGAUAUAAAUAUUCCAACUGUCUUAGGGAGUCCAGUUAAAGGAUUGUUAAAUACUUGGGGGGGGGGUCAUGACCCACAGGUUGAGAAACAGACUUAGCUCUUAGGGGUACCUACCAUACAGAGCUAUACUGAAUUAAUAUGUAAGUAAACUACUUAGAAACUGCCUGACCUAUAGUAUGUUAUUACCAAAGGCUUAAGGAAUCUUAUGCUCAAAUAGAUGUACUUUAAAUUCUGUAAUGUUGGGAGGCCAUGAUGGCAUUGGAUUGUCUACCCUAACCAAGAAUCCAUAAGAAACUUCUUGCUGACUUAACAGGAUCAAAAAGGAAUAUUCUCUAUAUCAUAACUAAAAUACAUGUCGAAUACAAUCCUAAAACC